AUGGUGCUCUUGCUCUCUUCUUGUGAGGUUGGUGCUUUGAAAACCUAUGUUAGCUUUUCGCCCAAGCAAUCUCUUACUUGUAAAGGAAGCAAGAUAGUUGCAAGCAAUCAACGGAUUAAGGCAACCGCAAGUGCUUCCGCUGCAGUCGCGACUGAGCCACUCACUAAAGAAGAUCUCAUUGCCUAUUUUGCUUCUGGAUGCAAACCAAAGGAGAUGUGGAGAAUAGGUACAGAACACGAGAAAUUUGGUUUCGAGGUCAAGACCUUGCGCCCUGUGAAAUAUGAACAAACAACUGCACUGCUUAAUAGUAUUGCUGAGAGAUUUGAUUGGGAUAAAAUAAUGGAGAAUGGGAGAAUCAUUGGUCUGAAACAGGGAAUGCAAAGCAUAUCAUUAGAACCGGGAGGCCAACUAGAGCUAAGUGGAGCACCAUUAGAGACUUUGCACCAAACUUGUGAUGAGCUCCAUUCACAUAUACAUCAGGUGAAAACUGUUGCUGAGGAGUUGGGAAUUGGUUUCUUAGGAAUCGGCUAUGAACCUAAAUCUAGUCUCGAUAAUGUAGCUACCGUGCCCAAGAGAAGGUAUGACUUUAUAAGAGACCACUUAGUGAGAGUUGGCUCAUCAGGGCCCGACAUGAUGCUAAGAACAUGUACUGUACAAGUCAAUUUAGACUAUAGCUCAGAAACCGAUAUGAUCAGGAAGUUUCGAGCUAGUCUAGCUUUGCAACCUAUGGCGACAGCUCUAUUCGCAAAUUCCCCUUUCAGUUAUGGAAAACCAAAUGGUUUUCUAAGCAUGAGGAGCCAUUUAUGGAUAGAUACCGAUAAGAACCGCACAGGAAUGAUACCUUUUGUGUUCCAUGACUCAUUCGGGUUUGAAAAGUAUGUUGACUACGCACUUGAUCUUCCAAUGUGCUUCUUAUAUCGUAACAAAAGCUAUCUCAACUGCAGAGGAAUGAUAUUUCGGGUCCGUUUAAAGAGAUACUUGGAAAUGAGAGGUGCUGAUGGAGGUCCUUGCAGGAUGUUGUGUGCCCUACCAGCUUUCUGGGUGGGUUUGCUAUACGAUGAGGAGUCUCUCCAAACUGUUCUUGAUAUGAUAUCUGAUUGGACUCCUGAAGAAAGAGAAAUGCUUAGGACACAAGUUCCAAUCACUGGCCUAAAGACAAUGUUUAGAGAUGGUCCUUUGCAGCAUGUCGCAGAAGAUGUCCUAAAGCUAGCAAAGGAUGGUUUGGAGCGUCGAGGGUACAAGGAAACCGGUUUCUUAAACGCGAUCGCCGUGGUGGUUAAAACAGGGGUUACGCCUGCAGAGAAGCUCUUGGAGUUGUACAAUGGAGACUGGGGACAAAGCGUUGAUCCUCUAUUUCAGGAACUGAAAUACUAA